GGUUGGAUUCUUUCCCAGUGAGUGUGUGGAAGUAAUUGGUGAAAAAGUCCCUAGAUCACUGACACUUCCUAGUUCUGCAACUAAACCUGUGUUAAGAAAGCAAGGGAAGCUGAUAGCCUUUUUCCGACAGUUCUUACUAUCAAGACCUCCUCGAGGAAAACUCAAGCAGAGUGGGAUCCUAAAAGAAAGAGUUUUUGGUUGUGAUCUUGGAGAACACUUGUUGAACACUUCUAGAGAAAUUCCUUUGGUUUUGAAAUGCUGUACAGAGUUUAUUGAAGAACAUGGGAUUGUAAAUGGGAUCUACAGGCUCUCUGGUGUGAAUUCCAACAUACAGAAGCUCAGGUUGGCUUUUGAUGAAGACAGAGCUCCAAAUCUGAAUGAUGAAGCAAUCUUGCAUGAUAUUCACUGCGUUGCAUCACUGCUGAAGAUGUACUUCAGAGAACUUCCAAACCCACUUUUGACGUAUCAACUAUAUGAGCAGUUUGUGACUGCAAUUCAGACUGAUGACGAUUUUAAGCUGAUCCAAAUUCGAGAUGUUGUACAACAACUUCCACCCCCUCACUAUCGAACACUGGAAUAUCUGAUGAGACAUUUAUCAAAUGUGGCAUCAUGGGGAAGCCAGACUGGAAUGACACCCAAAAAUGUUGCCAUUGUGUGGGCACCAAAUUUACUUAGGUGUAAAGAAAUGGAAGCUGGGGGUGGAGUUGGUGCUCUUCAUGUUGUUGGAGUACAAGCAAUUUUAACAGAAUACCUCAUUAGAUACGUGGAUCUCAUUUUUAGAGAAAAGUUACCAGAUCAUUUAGAUGAAGAAGAAAUGUCAAGGAGACCACGUUCAAAGUCUUUUGCUGUAUCUUCCCCAACCAAACUACUAUCUCUAGAAGAAGCACGUACUAAAGCACUAGUACUCAACCUUCCUGUAAUAGAACAGAAAUACAUUGAAGUUGGAGGAGGGCCAGAUCAGCUACCUUCUAAAUACCACACUAUGAUAGACUUGCCUUUCAAUAAACAAAAUGGUACCAAAUUGAAGAAAUCUCCUUCAGGGUGGAAAUCCUUCUUCUCUCGAGGAUCACAAUCUGGGAACACUAGUGAGAAGGAGCAUAGCCGAAGAGGAUCUUUGAAGAAUUAUCGUAAAGGUAGCACUGGUUCUUUACAACACACAAGGCUUGCACUGCAGGAUAAAGCCAUAACAGAAGCAAAUGUGCCACAUACGCAUGCAAAAAAACUAAGAACUGUAAGGAGUGCAGAAUCACUUAUUUUAUCCACACCAGGUGGUGGUUCAUGUCGCAGCUCUUCUGUCAUAGAAUCCUUUGGCUCUGUAGAAGGAAUCCAGCAGCAGCAUGAUAAAGUUAUUCAGUUGGAGCCCAAUUCUUACUUACAAAAACAUGUUCGCUCAUCCUCUCAUGACUCCUAUUUUGAGCACGGUUCAGGUCAAAAAAUACUCCCAGGAGACAGUAUCAUAGAAGAUAGUAAUACCAUCAACCUAGUGAAAGCCAGACUUCAAAGUCUGGACAAGUACCCUGAUAGUGACGAAUCACUGACAUCAUUUGAACAUGCAUGUGAUACUUAUAUGGAUAGUGACACUUUUGUUAAUUUUGAUAGCUCUCAGUCACUUUUAUCUACUAGCUCUCCUCAAGAAGAAGCAAAAGAUUUGUCUCAGGAGUGUUCAUCAAACUCCUACAAAGUGGCUCGUAAACAGAAACUUAUAAGUUCAGACAGUGAUGUAUCCAGUCCAAAAGUGCAGAAGUUAAGUUUUAAACGCUUUCGACAAGCAUUCAGUUCACCUUCAUUUGACAGAAAAAGUCAUGUUCCUUGUAAGGACAGUAAAAAAGAUUCCAAAUGGACGUGUCCUGUUAAAGAUAAGGAUCGAGAUACCUUACGAGGAAGUUUUCGUAAAACAAAAGAAAAAAUAUUUCAAGUUUUGACUCCUGAUUCUGUACAUAAGAAGUUAUAUUCUGGAACAGAAAGUAAGAGUGGGUCUCCAAAAAAUGAACAUUCUGAACCUAAUAUAGAUAAAGUGUCUAACAUUCGUCCAGAAUCAGAUAAUGAAAACUUGGAACAUCAAAAUGUGAAAGAAUCUUCAUGCUUGGAGGACUUUGAAGAUGAUGAAGAAAGUACCUAUAAGGGCACUAUAAAUAUGUAUGAAAAUAAUUAUAAUUUAUCCACUGAAAAUCAAAUAACAGGAUGUAAAGAGGAUGAGUCUGUUAUAGUUGAGAUACAUACUUUUGAUUCAUAUCUUCUUGUUGAAGACGAUGAAGCCGUGGAUGAUAGUGUGAAUGUUGUUAAUGAAAUGUUACAAGCUGUAGCAAAGAAAAUAGAGGAAGAAAAUGAAAGAGCUCGAAAAGCAGAGUGUGAGAUAGAACAAUCUAGAACUGAAAAACUUGCAGAAAAAGGAAUUAGCAGUACAUCUACAUUAUCGGAAACGUCCGUUGCAGUGAAUGCUAAUAAACUUUAUAGAAAUGUAGAAACAAAUGAAAUAAAACCUACCCUUGCUCUUGCUGAACAAGACAGUUUUUCUGAUUCUGCUACUAGUGAUAAAGAUACCAGCUCAAACUUGGAAAUGGCUUUAAUAAAUAAAACAGAAGAAGUAAAUCCUCCUUCUGGCUGUGAUAAAAAAUAUUUAGUUUGUGAUGUUAGCAAAGCACACAUAGAAAAACCAACAAACUCUGAUAACAUCUACCAGCAACAAAUAUAUGCAGGGGAACAGGAAUCUGUAACAUUUGCCACUGAUCAUGAUGACUUUGUUGACUGUAAAGUGGAAGAUGUCUCAACUUCAGAAGAAAGUAACAUGGAAGAAAUAGAUGUAAAAAAUAUUACUUCCUCACAAGAGCCUGAUUCGGAAAGUAUUAUAACUCCACAGUCGUUUCAUCACACUGAUUUUCAAGAAGCGAGUUGUCAGCUUCAAGAUCGGGUAUCUUUAGAAACGGUAUACUUGGAUGAGCUGGACAAAACUGUCAAGAGUGGACCUGAAGAAUGUUUAAAUGAGUUGCAUGUAAUGAAUGGAAAAAAUGAAACUAGUCAGAUAGAUAUAAAUGUGGAAUGUAAACCCUUUUCAAAAAAUGGACAAAAGUUACGUGAAGUGUCUCAUUUUUCUGCUAGAAAUAAAGGUUUUAUUAGAGAGGGCAACAUUGCAAUAGAUUCUCACAACCUUAACAAAGAUCAGGAAAACAUGUCCCUGGUUGAUGAGAAUAGUUGUGCUACUGUUAUUGAUAAUCAGAUCCUUGGGAAUAAAAACUAUGAAGUUAUUCCCUCCAAAAAACAGGAGGUGGAGGUUAAAAAGAAUACCUGUGAUUUUGUAGAGUUUCAGAAAUCUCCAUGGAGGCAGAAUGGUAGGCUUUACAAAGCUGCUGAAAAGAUGGAAAAUUUAGAAAUGAGUUCAUUGUCUUUUCCUGAAAAUGUUGAGUCUGGUAUGGUACAUAGUUAUCCUAGAUUUGAUGACAGAGCAUCUAAGAAGAGCAUUCAUGACAAAACUGAAAUGAAUGUUCUGACAGGUACUGAACAUUUUCCACGGACAUCUCUCACUUCUAAGUCCUCCCAGCCUAGUCUGUUCACACAACUCAAGGUGUUGAAACUCCAAGCUUUCCAGUCAACAGAACCAACCAAAGAAUUAACUCCCUAUGAUCCCUGGUCAGACCCAAUACUAGAUAGUGUUGUUGAUCCACAAGACAUCUAUGAAAAGCAGAUUUUCUCACCUGCUUAUAAGUCAUUAACAUCUGGAGACAAUAUAGAUGAAAUAAAUUCAAACACUUCAAAUGACUUUAGUAUAUACAAUGAUACAGUUGAAGAAUCAAAAUUGGAUGUUCCAAUUAAUCGAAAAGAAGCAGUUACUCAGAAACUGUCAACGAGCUUGAAUAUGGUCAAUUCUUCUUCUAGUAAACAUAUUGACAAGAAAACUUGCAAGGAACCAGAGAGUGUUAAGAAAAUGGUGUUUGGAUUAGAAGACCUUCCUAAGACAAGUACACUUGAAUCACAUCCUGCCAAUGGAGAAAAUAUUUCAGUUUCAUCUUCAUCAGCUACUCUUCAUCCACACUUACCUUCAACAAACACAGAUUCAAUCCCUGUUGGAGAAAAUGAGAGUAUAGACAGUGAGACUGUUAGGAGGGAAAGAAUAAAUCGAUAUAAAGAGGAACGAAGAGCUCAACUUAGAGAACGAUGGCAAUCUGAGAGUUUCAAAAAGGACAUUCCUGACAAAAAACACACAGGAACCCGGUGGAGAUCAAGUGUUCCACUUUCAAGAACAGUAACCAGUCCAGAUGAUCAAGUUUCCUCAAAAGUAAAGAGAGAGCGAAGUCAGAGUUCAGGAACAAUAGAAGAAUACUCUCAAAGCCAAAAAGAGAAUAAACUUCAUGUCAGUGAUGAAGAAGAAUUGAAAUGGGUUCAGGAAUAAAGAAAGAGGAGAAACUACUGUAAGACUAUUGUAGAUAGAACUGCUUUAGAGAAUUCUGGAAGAUUUAAACAGCGUCAUUAACAAGGAAAGAGUUGUGUAGUGCAUCAUUAUAGUCUGGUUAAUCAGCUUUUUUAAAUAAAUGUUGAAGAUGGAGAGUACUCUUGAUAGAAAAUACAUUUCAGACAUUGUGCCAAAGUAAUCUCAAAACUAAAAAUUAAAUUACGAUUUUAAUAUCUUAAAGCUAACAGUUUAUUUCAGGGUUGUUCAUCUGCUAGGCUGCUGAAGAUCAAAGUGAAAGAGUUUCCUUGGAUCUUACUAAUAGCUAAGGAGUGUGAAAACAUUGUGUUCACUUA